AUGGAUAGAAUCAUUAGUUGGAAUGUGAGGGGGAUCAACACCCAGAGGAAGCAAAAUGAGGUGAGAGCUUUUGUUCAAUCUCAUGGUGCUGGGUUAGUUGGUCUUCUUGAGACAAAGGUGCCUUGUGCCAAAAUGGGGACCUUGUAUGUGAACAUGUUCAAUGGUUGGUAUUUCACUACCAAUAGUUGUAAAAGUAAAGGGGGUAGGAUUGUACUAGCUUGGAACCCAAAUUCAUUUACUCUUAAUGUGCAGAUGGUCACUAGUCAAUUGGUUCAUUGCCUAGUGUGCCCAAAGAGUGGUGGUAUGGAGUUUGGUUGUACCUUUGUUUAUGCUUUUAACCAUAGCAAAGAGAGAGAGAGGAACUGUGGAGUGACCUAUGUGGUAUUGGCAGUGGUUUGUCUAAGCCUUGAGGAUGUUAAAGCUGCUGGUCAUUUCUACACUUGGAACAACAAGCAAGAAGGAGAUGCUAGGGUGUUCUCCAAAAUUGAUAGGGCUCUGGGAAAUGACCUAUGGUUUCAGAACUACCCCAAUGCAGAAGCUGAUUUCUUGACUGAGGGUGAGUAUGAUCACUGCCCUAUUGUGCUUGCUGUUUAUCCUAUUGAUAGCAUUGCAAAGAAGCCUUUUAGAUAUUUUUCCAUGUGGAAAUAUGCUGAUGGUUAUACUGAUCUGGUGAAGACCAAUUGGUCAAAGGGAGUUGUUGGCACCAGGAUGUAUCAGGUAGUACAAAAACUUAAAAGAAUGAAGGGAGUGUUUAGGGAGUUAAACAAUACAGGGUUUAAUGAUAUACAUGCUGCUGAUCUGAAAGCUAGACAAGAUUUAGAGAAAUGUCAGAAAGACCUUCACUCUAAUCCUAGUGAUAGUGUGCUUGCUGAUAGAGAGGUGGAAGCUGCAAAAAAAUAUAAGAUCAUGCAUUCUGCUUACAUCUCUUUUCUGAAACAGAAAGCAAAGGAAGCCUAG